AUGGCUUCUCUUCUCAUCGCCCUGGUUGUCCUUCUUAUCAUCGCACUACUCUGCAUCGUCGCCCUCUACUUCAUGCGCUGGAGAAAGCGCUCGACACGCGCCGGUUCUCUUGCCAUUGACGACGAGGAGAAGUCCUCACUCGCACCUUCAUCUCGCCACCAUCGUGUCACUGUCCGUCCUCACGAGUCCAUCAUUGUCUACCAGGAGAAGCAAAGCCUCAUCGACAACUCCGAGGCACCNCCGUCGGCCAACUCGGUGCCCGAGAUCCGCAUCCACUUCCCUGAGGAAGUCGACAACUCAGGCAAACGCCAAUCUGGCAGAGUCGUCGUCGUGCGUGUCGGUGACCACAGCAUUGGUCUCGAGCCCGUGUCGGAAAUCCUCCCUCCCUACCAGAAGAGCGAGUCGGAUCGUUUCCAAUCUCUUGAUCUCGAGAGGAUAGGCGGUCUGAAGGAGAAGGACGUCGAGGCUCGCUACCAAUAG